AUGCCUCCAGCCAAACUGGAAGGUUCAUCCCAACCUGCACCAAAUGGUUCUAAUGACAAUAAAUCAGUAGGUGAUACUAAUUCAACCAAUAGUUCAUCAGCUGGUCCAGCUAUAGUCAAACAGAAAAUCACCAAAUCAAGAAACGGUUGCUUGACAUGUAAAAAGAAAAGAUUAAAGUGUGAUGAAACUAAACCAGCUUGUUUGAAUUGUCAAAAGAAGAAUAUCGAAUGUGGUGGAUAUGCUACUAAUUUCAAAUGGCGAUCAUUCAAUGAUGCAGAAGAAGAUAAAUCAUCUAAAGAUUCAUUCAGAAAACAUUUAGAGCUUGCAUCAAUAUCGAUGACAGGAAAAUCUAUGAAGGACAUUAAAAUUGAAAACGAUUUAAUUUCAAAGGGCUUAAACCCUCAAAGUUAUAAACGCAAAAGUAUUACCAAUUUAACCGAAAGAGAAGUUUGGAAUAAGCCUACUAAUGCAAAAUUAAAAAGAAGUGGAAGUGACUCAAGACGUAAAUCAGAAGAUGAAAAUAAUUCCCAAAGAUCAUAUAGUAUAAAUAGUUCAGGCAUACCCCCGGAAGUUUUCACCAUAAGAGAAGAUGCAAAAGUUAACCGUUUAGAGUCAUUAGCAGAUGUGGCGGUGGAUGAAAUUAAACGCUCCCCCUCAGUAGUAUCCAAGGAAAUAUAUACAAGAGGUAAUAAUAAUCUAAGCCCUUUCAAUCAAAUUCCAUUUUCACCUAAUUUUACUGACUUUAUGAGACAUGAAGAUAAUAAGACCAAAGAAGAAUUCGAUAUAAAUUUAACUCCAUCCCUCUCUGCAAUUAUAAACUUUGCUGUUAAUAUGGAUGAAUCUGGAACUCCAUUUUCCUUACCUCAACAAACACCAGUACCUGAUAGUGGACCAUCUCAUCGAUCGUUAAUGAAAACAUCUGAACAAGAACAAAUCAUUCAUCUUUAUUCUCAAUAUACUUGUUCAAUCAUGUCGAUUAAAAAUGGAGCUCAUGAGAAUCCAUGGAGAAGCAUGAUUGUACCGUUGGCAUCCAAAUAUAAUUGUCUUUUCAAUUCCAUAGCAUGUAUGACAUUGUUUCAUUUGGCUGGUAGUUCCCAAUUCUCCGAUACUAUUGGUGAUUUAAGAGCCAAGGGGUAUAUGUAUAUGAAACGAUGUAUUUUAGAAUUAGCUAGUGGAUUAUCCCGCAUGAAUAGUAAUGGCGAUUCUGAAUCAGUUUAUGAAUUACCAGCUGAUAUUGCAUUGACAACAUGUUUGAAUUUAGCUGUUAGUGAAUCAUGGGAUACUCAUAUUACUAGUGGUAUUGCUCAUUUAAAAGGGGCUAAAAGUAUGAUUCAAAAAGUAUUAACAUUAUUAAGAGAUCAACAACAAAUGAUCCAUACUAAGAAACCGACUUCUAAAAAGAUUGAAAUGGAUAGUCCUAAUGGUGAAACUACUGAUUUUGCUCAUCUGGAAUUAAUUAAAAGUAAACGAAUUGAUUUAAAACGAAAAUUAGUAUUGGUAGAAGAAGCUGAAUGGGAUUCAAUGUUUAAUGAAAAGUCUGAUUUUUCUAAAAUGUUUGAUAAAGGAACUACAAAUAAUUCAAUUCCUAUUCCUAAAAGUUUACAAUUUUUAUUCAAUAUUUGGAUUUAUUUUGAAGUUUUGGCUCAAAUGACUACUGAUACAAAUUAUGAUGAUAAAGGCAUCGAUUUAGUAGCUACCAUCACCACCAUGUUACAAUCAGCGCAAAAGCAACGUGAUGAAGAGAAAUCCAAUCAAUUACAACAUAUUGCCAAUGCUGCUGCUAAUGCUAAUGAAACUAGAAUUAAUGAUGCCAGAUUUAAUUUCUUUGAUAAUUUUGAAACUUUCAGUUAUAAUACCGAUUAUAUUGAUCCAUUAUUAGGAUGUGGACAAUCAUUGUUUCUGAUAAUGGGGAAAGUUGCCAAUUUAAUUGCUAAGAUUAGAAAAAUCAAACGUAAUGAGAAAUGGAAAGGUAAUGGUCGUAAUUCAUUAACUACCAUCACAUUAGCUACCGAAUUAAAACGUCAAUUGAUCGAAUGGAAACCCACCAUCACGGCAGAAAUGAUUAAUCAAGCAGGAAUGUAUGAAGAUAAUACCAAUCGCAGUAUGUGGGAUAUUCCCUCAUGUAUUGCUACGGCUGAAGCUUAUAGAUUUGCAACGUUACUUUAUUUACAUCAAGCUGUACCUGAAAUCCCAUCGAGUGGAUCCCAUCAAUUAGCGGAAAAGAUUUUCAUUUUAUUAGCUUCUAUUCCUACCAAUUCAGAUUUACAUACGAUUCUUAUCUUCCCGUUAUUAGUAAGUUCAUGUGAAGCCGAAGCGGGUGAGGAACGAGAAUGGUGUGAAGAUCGUUGGUCAUUAUUAUCCCAAAAGUUAUGGAUUGGGAAUAUUGAUAGAGCUUUUGAAGUUGUUAAAGAAGUUUGGAAACGUAAAAAUGAAUAUAUUCAAAAGAUGAAAUCAGAUGUUCGUAAUAAUUCUGGUAAUAAUGCUGGUGGAAGUGGAAGUGGGAGAUCAAAGGGUAAUGAAGAUGAAGAAUUGAGAAAUAUCUCUGUUCAAAUCAGCGGAUUAAUGGCCGUGAUCAAUAAUGAUCAAAAUGCCACCCCGAUAGAUGAUAUUAAAGGAGGUAUUACUUCGAGAUUACAUUGGAGUACAGUGAUGAAAGAAUGGGGAUGGGAAGUGUUAUUAGGAUAA